CGGAAGAGAUCGCGCUCCCCGGGCCGCCGGCUCGGUUUGUGCUGGAGUUUUCGCGGCCAGUUUCGGGGCGUCCGCUGUCGCCCGAGGUCCGUUCUUCGGGGUCCCAGCUGCCCUCCCUCCUCCGGCGGGGGCACAGCGAGGCGCUUCCCCCUUCCCCCGCCCUCCCGGCGGCGCUCCAUGGAGUAGGGUCCCGGACCGUUGUCCCGAAGAGAGAGAUCGCGCUGGGUCCCCUCCCCCUCCCGCCUCCCUCCCUCCUUCCUGCCGCCGCAACAUGGCUAACAACAGCCCCGCGCUGACAGGCAAUUCGCAGCCGCAGCACCAGGCGGCGGCGGCCGCGGCCCAGCAGCAGCAACAGCAGCAGGGCGGCGGCGGCACCAAGCCGGCCAUCUCGGGCAAGCAGGGCAACGUGCUGCCGCUCUGGGGCAACGAGAAGACCAUGAACCUCAACCCCAUGAUCCUCACCAACAUCCUGUCGUCGCCUUACUUCAAAGUACAGCUCUACGAGCUCAAGACCUACCACGAGGUGGUGGACGAGAUCUACUUUAAGGUCACACAUGUUGAACCAUGGGAGAAAGGAAGCAGGAAAACAGCCGGCCAGACUGGGAUGUGCGGAGGGGUUCGAGGUGUUGGAACAGGAGGAAUAGUUUCUACAGCAUUUUGUCUAUUAUACAAAUUAUUUACGUUGAAGUUGACUCGCAAGCAAGUGAUGGGUCUAAUAACACACACAGAUUCACCAUAUAUUAGAGCCCUUGGCUUUAUGUAUAUAAGGUAUACACAGCCACCUACAGAUCUAUGGGACUGGUUUGAAUCCUUUCUUGAUGAUGAAGAGGACCUAGAUGUGAAGGCUGGUGGAGGCUGUGUAAUGACCAUUGGAGAAAUGCUGCGGUCUUUUCUUACAAAACUGGAGUGGUUUUCUACCUUGUUUCCAAGAAUUCCAGUUCCAGUUCAGAAAAAUAUUGAUCAACAGAUUAAAACUCGACCUAGAAAAAUCAAGAAAGAUGGGAAGGAAGGGACUGAGGAAAUAGACAGACAUGUUGAACGCAGACGUUCAAGGUCUCCAAGGAGAUCACUGACUCCACGGAGGUCUCCAAGAAGAUCAAGAAGUAGGAGUCAUCAUCGAGAGGCCCAUGGGUCUUCUAGCUUUGAUAGAGAAUUAGAAAGAGAAAAAGAACGGCAGCGUCUAGAGCGUGAAGCCAAAGAAAGGGAAAAAGAAAGGCGAAGAUCCCGAAGUAUUGAUCGGGGGUUAGACCGCAGACGGAGCAGGAGUAGAGACAGACAUAGAAGCCGUAGUCGAAGUCGUGAUAGGAAAGGAGAUAGAAGGGACAGGGAUCGGGAAAGAGAGAAAGAAAAUGAGAGAGGUAGAAGACGAGAUCGAGACUAUGAUAAGGAAAGAGGAGCCGACCGAGAAAAGGAAAGGGAACGGUCGAGAGAACGGUCCAAGGAGCAGAGAAGCAGGGGUGAGGUGGAAGAGAAGAAACAUAAAGAAGACAAAGACGAGAGGCGGCACAGAGAUGACAAAAAAGAUUCGAAGAAAGAGAAAAAGCACAGUAGAAGUAGAAGUAGGGAAAGGAAACACAGAAGCAGGAGUAGAAGUAGAAAUGCAGGGAAACGAAGUAGAAGCAGGAGCAAGGAAAAAUCAAGUAAACAUAAAAAUGAAAGUAAAGAAAAAUCAAAUAAACGAAGUAGAAGCGGCAGUCAAGGAAGAACUGACAGUGUUGAAAAAUCAAAGAAACGGGAACAUAGCCCCAGCAAAGAAAAAUCUAGAAAGCGUAGCAGAAGCAAAGAACGUUCCCACAAACGAGAUUACGGUGAUAGUAAGGACCAGUCAGACAAACAGGAUCGUGGAAGGAGCCAAAGUAUAGAACGGGAGAGCCAAGAAAAGCAACAGAAGAACAAAGAUGAGACUGUGUGAAAAAAAAUUUCGAAGUGGAUCACAUUGAAUCCUUUAAAUGUUUGGUUAAAUCUUUUUUUUCCUCCCGAAUGUUCAGAUCGUGCAGUAGUUAUGCACUCUUUCAAGCUCCCCGUAGGCUGCAUUUUCAUUUCCUCUUUUGUGUAGGGAAGUGCCUUUGUAAUCCCAUUUAUUGCAUUGAUGUCCACCCAGUUGUUCAGUUUGAUACAUAAUGCACAGAUCGUUCUUUCAUUUUUGUUUGUUUUUAAAAAUGUACAGUCUGUACAUAUGUCCUAAAAAUGUUUUAAUUCCAUUGGCAUGGUUGCCACAUUGGUUAAAUUUGUAUAAGGCAAUAAACUGCCACUAAUUCUAUUUUUGUUUUCUAGGUGUGGGAUUAUGGUUUGUGUACUGAAGUUUAGCAUGGCUGUGCUUUUCAUAAUAGAAUGCUAAAGACUUUGAAAAUGGAAGUCUUGGAUGUUUAUUGUAGGAGAAUUCAGUGCUUUCAAUGUACGUGAAAGCAGCAGCUGUAGGAUUAACAUUCUUGUCCAAUGUAUAUUAUCUUGAAAGGCUCUUGUUAAUGUUAUACUUAAUAUUCUCCACAGUUACCCUAGAGAGAAUUUAUGAGAAGUUAGUUUCUGAUGCAGCGGUUUAAAUUAGGCUGUGAUUUGAUCAGAAGUCCUUUUAGCAUUCUACCUCAAAGGGACGCUGUUAGUAUGCCUAAAGUUUUUCGCUUAGUUUUCCUUUUUUUUAUUUUAAGAAAUACAUGACAUGUACUCUUUUUUUCCCCUUGAAUUCUUCCUCAGAUUUUUUAAAUACUAUAUUAAAGGAAAAAAAAUUAAUGUCUAAAGCCUAGCAUUCUUGCAGCUUCCCGAUACUAAUAUGUGAUUGGGAGAAGGUGGGGCACAUGAACAGAGAAACAGACCCAAGCCUCAAGCUUCCAGAGCAUUUUUAUAAAUGGAAAAUACUUAAAUUAUGAAACAGCUUGAUAUAUAGUGUCCUUUUUUAAAAUUUGAAACUUUUUUUAUUAAUUAUGAAGAUUGCUGUUUGCGUUUUUAAAUUUAAUGUAGAACAGAGGAGUAUUAAAAGUAAUGCUGCAGUGCAUUAUUUAAGACUAUCAGCAGAUUAUUUGAUAGAUUGUUCUUAUGGCCUGUAUUCUGAUUAUAGAGAACCAUCAUGAGUGUGGAAUAAAUACUGGAUUAAAUCCUU